AUGACCUCUGGGCCAUCGAUCAUUCGAAAGUCGGGCGGCAACAACAGAUCGAAUCUCGAACUUGUAAAUUCUCUCCGCGACAAUUUUUCCGAGGCCAAGCGCGACUAUGCCACUGCCAAUGCCAAUGCUAACGGCAACGGCAACGGCACCGGCAGCGUCAAUGGCGCCAAUGGUGUCAACGGCAUCACAAACGGAAACGGCAAUGGUAUUCGCAGCGGAACGUCGACGCCGCCCACGCCGGUCGAAGUUUGGACUGAGAGGGAUGGCAAAGUGUUAUACAUUCCCCGAAUCAAUUGGCAGGCGGCCGGACUGAGAGACGAGCGAAACCAAUACGAAAUCACCGUAAAGAUCUUCCUGCUACCAGGCACGUCCGUUAACCAGCGCGAGCAGUAUAUUCGUGACGCUCUGGCUCUUGCCAGCAAGGAACUGGGCAUUCAAACAAUUGACUUGCUCGUCGCGUCCUUCCCCGGCAUAUCCUUUGAAGGAACCUGUGAGUGGGAGGCCGACAAGAAGAAUGCCCACCAAGGCAAUCUGGACGAGGAGUUGGCUACUUGGCAGAUCUUUGAGAACCUGCACAAUCAAGGAGUCGUCAAAAGACUAGGAGUAUCCGAGUUUGGCAGCGAGAAACUAAGCGCAUUCAUCAAGCGUGCUUCCAUUCCUCCGGCUGUUGACCAGAUCAACUUGCACGAUUGCUGCAAUGUCCCACCUCCUCUCAAGCAGCUAGCAGAAGUCCAUGGCAUUGAGCUAAAUGUUCACCGCGACUGCACAGACAUUCUGCCUCCUGGAACUCUACGGGAGCUCCUUGGCUCAGGAAUCCGAGGAGCCAAUGUGUUGGCUGAUGCGGAAAAUGGCGGUGUUGGACUGCAGGGGAAUAUUGUUCCCCAAUGGGUUGCUCGGUAUAUGGCGUUCGUGCGAGACCGCGGUGUGAUUGAGAACAAGGGUUACUUCGCAGGUGCGGAACUUGUCGAAGGUUAA